AAUAUAAAUGAAUACCUCAAAAAGUAUAUAUGAUUAACCUCUCAAUAAUUCAAUAUCAAAAUAAAGAUACACAUUUUCAAAGGCAGCACGUGAGACAUAUUCAACAAAAUAGAUGUAAAAUCUAAAUUUAAAAUAAGUAAUGGAUCUAUGUACAAUCUUCCAGAUAGUUUAAGUAAGAGGAUGGCUGGCAUAGGUUAUGGCUAAAAGUAAAUUAGUCACAAAUACAAUCUAGACAUGAUUUUUCAAAGCAUGUAAAAUAAGUACCAGCUCCAAAUAAAUAUGAAAUAAAGAGUUUUGCAGAAACAAACAUUGGUGAAAAGAAAGGAAUUCAAUUUGCUUUGGGUAGAGAAGAAACUUGGCUUUAAGGAAUUUGGGCAACUCUUAUUUAAUCUACUCCACCUCCAGAUCGUUAUGCUAUACCUAGCACUGUUACAAGAAGAUAAAAGUUUACAUUUGGAUAAAGAACAUAAUCUUUAUAGAAGUUCAAUACUCCAGGUAAUUGAUUAGAUGCAUUAUCCAAAAAGGACCUGGGAAUUAUGAAUAUGUAUAAGCCAUAACAUCAAAAGGAGUUUAUCCACUCUCUAAAUUUUAAAAUUCAGGAGCAUGCAUUAUUGGAAAAGAUUAAGAGAGAUUCAAAACAUUUGGUGGUAUAUCUUUCAAAAUUAAAUUAGUGAAUGAUUAUCCUGAACCAGGUCGUUAUUCACUUGAAAAUAUAGGUAUUAAUUCUUAAGGAAUAUACCCUAAGAAUGGAAUGAGAUCAGCUGUGUAAUAAACAUUUAGCAAAUCUUAAAGAAAAGGACCAUAUGAAAUUAAUAAAGUCACACCUGGUCCAGGAAGAUACAAAAUGUUUUCAGAAUUCGAUUAAUGA